AAUGUUUAUGACUUGUGACUACCUCUUUCCUUGCUUUGUCAUCGCAAAUGGAAAGUCAUGUGACAGUAAAAGGCUCGAAGUUGUUGUCGCUCCCUCUGGCUUUCAUACCUACUUCACACUAGCUACUCUAGUUCUUCACACUCGAUUUACUCUCUGAAGAGCAAAUAGGUUGCUGAGAAUGCUGUCUUUGGUCAUAAUCUUAAGCCUACUGGCUUUUGCCUUUGGUAAACCAUGUGCUACUGAAGGCUUGAACAGUGAGUUUCACCUCUCGCUCAAUAAGAAUCUCCUUCGCUCACUGGAGACACAAGAAGGACUCCCCAAUCCCAGCGUCCACUUGGCCUUACGGCUUUCUGAUUACCACAACCUUCCCAAGGAGAGUGAACACCUGAAUAGCUUGAAAAAUCGUUUGCACAAUGACAUUCAAAGUUCUCUCUCUAACAGCAAGCCCAUUGUCGGCCUCUUGGCACUGUACACUUUGGCUUUGAAGUCCUCCUGUUAUGACUUAAACACAGUGACCUUCACAGUUAGUGAGAUGAGUGAGACGCUGCUGACACACCUAAAGAAGCAGAUGGAUGACGAAAAAGACAAUAUUGCGUUCAGCCACCGCCCUUUGACCAACUAUUACCAGUAUUCUCUUGGUGUGCUUGCUCUCUGCGUGAGCGGCAUAAGGGUCAACAACCAUGUCAGCAACAAGCUCAUCAAGGCAGUUGAAAUGGAACACUUCAAACAUGGAGACUCCGAAAGUAUUGAUACCAAUGCCAUGGCUGGAAUGGCACUUCAGUGUGUGAAGGACGCUGGUUCUCACGUGCAGAACGCUGCUGAGCUCGACACAGCCCUCAGCCAUAUCAAGCAGAAGCUCUUGGCCUCCCGUCGGGCCGACGGUCACAUCGGCAAUGAGUUCAGCACUGGCCUCGCAGUGCAGGCAUUAACAGCUAUGGGCAGCCGAGUUGCAGAGUGCGCUGCCUCAAUGGAGGCCAUGAGGACGGAUGCCAGAAGCAACACGUACAGCAACCCCAUGGCCCUAUCUCAGAUUCUUCCAGCUCUCCAGCAGAAAUCCUACCUGACUAUUAAAAGCAAAGAGUGCCUCAAUGAGGACGACACUUUGGGGGUGGAGGCCAUAGUUCCUGUGGUGGAUUUGGCAAGCAUGUCCCCGGUGACCUUGAUGGUGGAAGUGGUGGCGUCCAGUGGGGCAGCUGCUGUUUACUCUGUGGAUGUGCCAAAGGGAGACUCUCUAUUGGAUGCCCUUGAAAUUCUCAAGGGCAAGAAUGUUGGCUUCACGUUUGAGAAGGAGUCCAGCCUGUGGGGUAACUUCUUAAGUGUGGUAAAUGGAGAGCAGGCUAGACAGAGCGACCGCAGAUACUGGCACCUCUCCUCUGAUGGCACUGCACUCAUUCAGGGUAUAAAUGAUUUCAAGAUUGAGGCUGUGCAAAAAAUAACCAUCAAAAACACAAGCUACUAGCCAGUCACUGCUGAUGCAGUCGAUAUGAAUCCAAAGCAGUUAAAUCUCUUUUCUACUAUUUGUUGUUAGAGAUUAUUCUUAAUUUUUCUGAUCUCAUCCCGCAAUUUAGAUCUAAUCAAACUCACGUUGCACGUUAUUUUUUAUGCAUGAAUUAUUAACUGAGUGUAAAAUGUUUUGUGAUUGUAGUUUUAAACAAAUAAAAAAAUUAAUAACUUUUUAUAAGGACAUUUCUUAAA